AUGGAGAAGCUGUCAGAGACGAAGAAAAGAGGUUCAUCAACGGAUGAAAACGAUGACAAAUCGAAGCAUCAACGAAGAAGUGGAGGUGAUGCUAUCGAAUACUUAGCUGAAAGAGCUAAAGUAAGUGAUCAACUGAAAGAGGAAGAACUGAAAGAGGAAGACCUAAAGAUGAAGAGAGAUCAGCAAACUCUCUCGAGAGAAAAAAUGGAGGUUUUGAGUAAACAUCAAAUUCAAAUGCAACAGCAACAAGCAGAUAUGCUAAAACUUAUGCAGCAAAGCCAACAGCACUUACUCAACUCUCAAAUGAUGAUGAUGCAGCAGCAACAGCAACAGUCAAAGGCUUUGAUGGUGUUAUUGAAAAAGAUAAUAAAUAAGUAG